UAGAACGUGAGACAAGAAAACUCAUAUAGUGCCAGAUCUAUCUUAUCCUUAGUCAAUGAUGAAAGUAAAAUUAAUGUUAUUGUUGUUAUAAUAUCGCUAUAGUUAGUCUGCUAUAGUAUACAUACGUAUAUUAUCGGUAUCGUUACCUGAAGAAAAGUAGUCCCAUAGAAAGUUUAUAUGCAAUAUUUCUAUAUCUCGUUUAUGAUAUUAUAUAUCACUUUCUUAAAUAAUAUAAAUGAAAUUACAAUGUCAUUUUCCCGAAAUAAAUAUGUAAAAUAUAGAUUAAAUGUUAAUUCCUUUUACAAAUAAAACAGUACCAGCAAAACUAGUUUCGAAAGUAAAAAAUGAACAUUCCCUUUCACUACAAAACAUUGCAAGAUUUUCACCAGUAAUCGCUGCAAACUAUUUAGUAUACUUUCACCAACAACAAGUUCACUGUGUUUUUUCAUUAUCACAUUAUUUAUAAAAACUGAUAGAUAUCAUAAUUUCGAAUUAUAAUUACAUAAAAUACAGUAUGUAUAUAUGUUAUAUUACAUUAUGUUAUGUUAAGUACUACAAAUAACAAUUUAUAUAUUGUUAUGUAUAUAAAUGAUCAAAUAUAUUUUACUAUAAAAUAAUUAAAUAUAUAAACGAUUUUAUACUUGAAACAUGUUUCACUGGAAGAAAGUCUUGGGAAUUAAUUUACAUGGAUCUUUGAGACAGUUACAUACUUCAAAAAUUUUACAAAAAGCUGUUAUAAUAAAUGGUAAAGAAAUAGCUGAUGAGAUUCAAAAUGAAUUAAAAGCAACUGUUCAGGAUUGGAUAAAUGAUAAUAGAAAGAGACCUAAACUCGUAGCCAUAAAAGUUGGAAAUGAUCCAGCUAGUAAAGUAUAUGUUGAAAGAAAGAUGAAAGCUGCAAACUUCAUUGGAAUUGAAAAUUAUGUUAUUCAUUUAAAAGAAAAUAAUUCGCAGCAAGAUCUUACUAAAGAAAUUGAUCAUUUAAAUAAAGAUGAAAGUGUGGAUGGGAUUAUCGUGCAAUUGCCGUUACCAAAACAUAUGAAUGAGCAUGAAAUAUGUCAAGCAAUUAUACCAAAUAAAGAUGUUGAUGGGUUCCAUUUAGAGAAUUUGGGUAAUUUAGCAUUAAAUAACAGUAGGUUUAUUCCGGCAACUGCUUUGGCUGUAAAAGAAUUAAUAAUUAGGAGCAAUAUUGAAACUUUUGGAAAAAAUGCAGUGGUAGUAGGAAGGUCUAAACAUGUUGGGUUACCAAUUGCAUUACUUUUACAUGCUGACAGCAAAGAUGAAAUAGGUGCAUUAGAUAUGACUACAACAAUAUGUCAUCGCCAUACUCCUCAUACUGAAUUAGAAAAAUUUACAAAAUUGGCAGAUUUGGUAGUCGUUGCAGCUGGUAUUCCUGGUUUAAUUACUAAAGAAAUGAUAAAACCAGGAGCAUGUAUAAUUGAUGUAGGGAUUACAAGAAUAAAGAUGGGCAAUAAAUACAAAUUAGUAGGAGAUGUAGAUUUUGAAAAUGUGCAGGCAAUUGCUGGACAUAUAACUCCAGUACCAGGAGGUGUAGGUCCUAUGACUGUAGUAAUGUUAAUGAAAAAUACUAUUUUGGCAGCUAAAAGAAAUUAUAACAACUCAAAAUCAUCUGUACUUAAAAAUAUUAAUGUUUAAGAAUAUGGACCAUACACAAUUCACAGCACAGUAUUUAUAAAUAUAUAAAAUAUUAUGUUUUCCUAUGGAAAUAGAAUGGAAAUAAUAAAA